UUUAAAAGAGACUGAGGCAGUGAACCUGUGAUGCUACUGUGAGGCAGCCCUUCAGCUAAAGCUAAUUACUUAUCCAGCCACCUAAAGAUUACAAGAGCACCUUGAGGUAAGACAAGGGAGAUGAGGAGGACGGCAAUGAAAAGACUUUGGCUGUUCAUUUUCAGUGCAAUUCUGGUGACUGCUCAUGGCCUCACUGUGGAAGCACCUGCCAAGGAAAUACAGGUGGCACGAGGGAACAACGUUACUCUCCGCUGUCAUUUUAAAACUAAGGCUUCCAUUACCUCAGGAGAUUUUGUUGUCUGGAAGAAAAUCAAUAGUGCGGAUGAUGCUGUCACUAGGUAUUUUGAUGGACUUGUACAGUAUGGCAAGGGCUAUGAAAACCGUAUACAGUUUAGUGGUGAUGUAGACAAAGGGGACAUCAGUAUCACCAUCAAUGCAGUGACUAUGGAAGACAAUGGGACAUACGUAUGCAACGUUCGUCUAAGGAAUGACCCACCCCGGCAGACUGCAACCUUGGCUCUUUUCGUCCUUGUUGCACCAUCCAAGCCAGAAUGCAGGAUUUUGGGGACAGCAGAAUAUGGACAGACAAUCAAUCUGACCUGCAUUUCUCAUGAGGGCUCCCCAAAGCCCAGAUAUACCUGGCAAAGCUUCAAUGUACAAAAUGAGCCCCGUGUACUACAAACAACAGAAGGGGAACAAAUAACUCUGAAGAACAUCUCUGCGGAUACCUCUGGCUUUUACAUCUGCACUUCAACAAACAUUGUGGGAAAGGAAUUUUGCAACAUGACAGUCAGCGUUGUGCCACCAUCCAUGAACAUAGCUCUUUACGCUGGCAUCAUUGGUGGAGCUGUUGCUGCAAUUAUAGUUAUUGGUAUUUUAGCCUAUUGCUGCUGCUGUCGGGCAGACAAGGACAAGGACUAUGAGAUGACGGAGAGAGAAGAUAGAAAUGAACCCUCCAAGGAGAUGCCUACAGGGCAUCAGAGAGCAGAGGAUGAUGUUGAAGAUGAAUGAAGCAGCAGGAGGCAAUGCCAUCUUCAGGAUUUGCUGCGGCACAGACACCACUGUAGAAAAGAAAUCAAUCCCUCUUUCUUACAGCAAGAAGGUUUUUUUUGAAUAAUAAAAUGAGAGAUAAUGGCUCUGCCUUCAAGUUCUGGGUGAGAAUAUCCUUGUCUCCCUGGAAAGAAGUGCCACACAUAACAACGAGUACUAAUAUAUAACCUCACAGCAGAAAAACGCAUGCGAAGCACUGUUUCACCCAGUCAUCCAAAAAUAAGCCGUUUUCUAGACUUCCCACUUUCUGAAAAAAGCAGCCAGUCAGGUCUAUUUGGAGAACAGAGUUGCUGCUGUAUCCCCAGAUCUACAGAAGGUUUGAAGGUCACCAAACGCAAGUCAUCAAGGAAGGGUAGUCUUGUCCACAGUGUUAUGCAAAUAUCAGCUUACAGCAUUGCCUGGUAUAGAAACGAUUUUAUGCAGACUGAAGCAAGCUGAUUUUUAAGGACAUUUUAUUAAACGUGUUCUUUGUAUGUAUUAUACAUGCGCAUAUAAAUAAAAAUAUGGAAAAAAUUAA